CGGUACAUCAGUACAGAGCUGGGGAUGCGGCAGCGGCUCUUCGUGGUGGGUGUGCUGACCUCCAAGAGCACGCGGAACACGCUGGGGGUGGCUGUCAACCGCACGCUGGCCCACCGCCUGGAGCGCCUGGUGUACUUCACAGGCACACGGGGCCGCAAGGUGCCCCACGGCAUGACAGUGGUGACGCACAGUGACGAGCGGCCCAUCUGGAACAUGUACCAGACUGUCAGGUACCUUCUGGACCACUACGUGAACGACUUCGACUGGUUCUUCCUGGUGCAAGAUGAUACCUACACGGAGGCACACCGCAUCAGUCGCCUGGUUGCCCACCUCAGCAUUGACACCCACCUCUACCUGGGCCGUCCUGAAGAGUUCAUCGGUGGGGACACCGAGGGACGCUACUGCUAUGGGGGGUUUGGCUACCUGCUGUCCCGCAGCCUCCUCCUGCUCCUGCAGCAGCACCUGGAGAGCUGCCGCAAUGACAUCCUCAGUGCCCGGCCUGACGAGUGGCUGGGCCGCUGCAUCAUUGACUACACAGCCAUCAACUGUGUCGAGGAGCAUGAGGGCCUGCGUUACCACUAUUUUGAGCUGGGGAAGAAUGCAGACCCCGAGCGGGAGACCGACCUCCGUUUCCAGAGCGCCUUCACUGUCCACCCUGUGCUGGAUCCCCUCCAGAUGUACCGGCUGCACAAGUAUUUUGCGCAGGUGGAGCUUGAGAGGACCUACCAGGAGAUCCAGCAGCUUCAGCUGGAGAUCCAGAAUGCCAGCAGCCUGUCCAUUGACGGGGACCACGGUGCCACAUGGCCCAUUGGCAUCCCGCCCCCCUUCCAGCCCAAAACCCGCUUCGAGGUGCUGCGCUGGGACUACUUCACAGAGGAGCAGGUCUACGCCUGUGUGGAUGGCUCCCCCAAGUGCGAGCUGCGCGGUGCGGAUCUGGCGGACAUGGCCGACGUGGUGGCUACAGCCAUGGCCCGGCCGGUCCUCCACGUCCGCAAGCAGCAGCUGGUGAACGGCUACCGGCGCUUCGAUCCCACACGUGGCAUGGAGUACACACUGGACCUCCAGGUGGAGGUGGUCACCCAGAAGGGGCACAGCCGCUCCGUCACCAAGCGCGUGCACCUGGUGCGGCCCCUCAGCGAGGUGGAGAUCAUCCCCAUGCCCUACGUGACAGAGGCCAGCCGCAUCAAUGUCAUCCUGCCGCUGACAGCCCAUGACCGGGACCACGCUGCCCGCUUUUUGGAGGCUUAUGCAGCGACUGCCUUUGAGAGCAGUGAGAACGCAGUGCUCACCUUCCUCUUCAUCUAUGAUCCCUUCGAGGCCCAGCAGGUCACCCAGAAUGACAUCUUCGCCCCCGUGAAGGCCCAGAUCACCGAGUAUGAGCGCAAGUAUGCAGAGGUGAAGAUCCCAUGGAUCAGUGUUAAGACAGAUGCACCAUCCCAAAUCAAGGUCAUGGACAUCAUCUCCAAGAAGCACCCCGUGGACACACUUUUCUUUGUGGCCGGCGUGGGGACGGAGGUCACUGUUGACUUCCUGAAGAUGAACACCAUCAACAACUGGCAGGUCUUCUUCCCCAUUCACUUCCAGGGCUACAACCCCGCUAUCGCUUACCACAACCAGGUGCCGCCCACCAUGCUGGACCUGCUGCGGGAUGCAGGGCGCUUCGACCGCAACGUCUUCCAUGAAGCCUGCUUCUACAAUGCCGACUAUAUGGCAGCACGCACCCGCAUGGCAAGUGAUGUGCAGGAGAACGAGGACAUCCUGGAGACCCUGGACAUCUAUGACAUGUUCAUCAAGUACUCCAACCUCCAUGUCUUCCGGGCCGUGGAGCCUGCCCUGCUGCAGCGCUACCGGCACCAGGCCUGCAACCCCCGGCUCAGCGAGGAGAUCUACCACCGCUGCGUGCAGAGCAGCCUGGAGGGUGUAGGCUCUCGCUCCCAGCUGGCCAUGGUGCUUUUUGAGCAAGAGCAGGGGAACAGCACCUGA